UCAACAACCAAACUUUAAGAUUGAAAAGGAGGCAUAAUAUAUAAUGGUGUGAGUUAUUUUCACAAACCGACAAAAAGUUGUGAAACUACUUUUGAGCACUCGAAGAAGUGUAAUGUUUCAAGCUGCGGCCACGGCGGCUCAGGCUAUGCCUGUGCAACACGUGGGGUUUCCCCGUUUUUUGAGUCGACAACUUGUCCUGCCUCUCCGAAGCGCAAAGACCUUCAAACCUCUGGCAUGUCUCAAACUGAGAGUCAAAGGAGUGAAUGGACUCCAUGAGAUUGAACUCAAAGUUCGCGAUUAUGAAUUAGACCAAUUUGGUGUUGAGAACAAUGCUGUUUAUGCAAACUAUUGCCAACACGGUCAACACGAGUUUAUGAAGAGUAUCGGUAUCAACUGUGAUGAAGUAUCCCGUUCUGGUGAAGCCUUGGCAGUUUCUGAGUUGACAAUAAAGUUUCUUGCACCUUUACGAAGUGGAUGCAAGUUUGUGGUGAAAACGAGGAUAUCGGGGAGAUCCGUGGCGCGAAUUUACUAUGAACAGUUCAUCUUUAAACUUCCAAAUCAAGAGCCUAUUUUGGAGGCAAAAGGAACGGUUGUGUUUGUUCGUAUCCCGUCUUACAUACGCUUUAAGUUCAGUCACUUCCACCGCCAACAUGUUUUUGAUUGAUCAUGCACUCUUGGGCUCGACAAAACAUUUUUUAUCUAUUGCGAAAAAAUCUAGACAUAUGUAAUGAUACAGAGAAAAACAAACAUUACUAAAAACUCAAUAUCCAUUAGUAAUCAAAACGAAACAAAUUACAUAUA